CGUGGACUGCUUGGAACCCCAUAGGACACGUGGUGACUGCUGAUAAGUUUCAGGCUACUACACGCUUCGCUUCGCUCAUCUUCGUCAUCAAGGUAGCAGCUCCACGAGAGAGCUCUGAAGGAGCGAGAUGGCUGCGAGAGAAUCUCCGUUCAAGAUAAUUCUGGGUUCGUCGUCAAUGGCUCGGCGACAAAUAUUAGCUGAAAUGGGCUAUGAUUUUACAAUAAUUACUGCAGAUAUAGAUGAGAAGCUUAUUAGGAAAGAAAAGCCAGAGGAAUUGGUAAUGGCUUUAGCAGAGGCAAAGGCAGAUGCCAUCAUCUCGAAGAUUUGUAAUAUCGGGAAAUUGGAAGAGAAUGCUCACGCGACACUGUUAAUUACCGCAGACACUGUGGUGGUAUAUGAGGGGAUAAUUAGAGAGAAACCAGGCAACAAGGAAGAAGCACGGGAAUUUAUCAAAGGUUUGCUGCUGGAUCUUUCUUACACCUCAUUGCAUUGCCAUUUGUGUUCACAUCUAUUUGCAGGUUAUUCUGGCGGUAAUGCAGCAGUUGUAGGAUCUGUGCUUGUAACCAACCUCAAGACCGGGACAAGGAAAGGGGGAUGGGACAGAGCAGAGGUAUAUUUUUAUGAAAUACCAAAUGAGGUCAUUGAUGACUUGAUUGAGGAAGGAAUCACCCUAAAUGUUGCUGGGGGCCUGAUGCUGGAACAUCCUCUGACAUUGCCCUUUGUUGAAGCAGUGGUGGGGACAACAGAUACCGUGAUGGGACUUUCUAAAGCUCUUACCGAAAAACUUAUACGGGCAGCUCUGUAGCUGUUGUAAAUUUGGUGGUGAGAUUCCAAUGGCUUAACUGUGUCAACAGUGGAUCGAUCUCCCUGCUAUAGAAUAUUUUUCAGUCAUCUGCUGGUGAUUGCGGUCUCAAAUCCUCUUUUGUUGAUUGGCUUGGCCA